CAUACAUCUUCUCCUGUAUUCAUUGUCGUCCUUUUGCCAUACAUUACUUGCAACUUUCCCCUUCCACCCUGAAGGGUUCACUCGCUUUCUUCUCUGUUGCAUAUUGUUCCUCGUUACAUAUUAUUAGUCGGCACGAUGGGUGUCUCCAAGCUCAUCGCUGCGUUUUCCUUACUGUCACUCGCUGCCUUCUCCAAUGCCGCUCCUCAACCGAGAGCCCUUAAUAAACGCGCCGAUGUCGUUCCCUUCGAAGUCACACUCACCGAGGAGGACUACUCACCAAUUGGUGGAGCUGGUCGCCCAAUGAUCAUGAUCAAUGGCACCUUCCCUGGUCCUCAGCUGAAGGCCAAGGUCGGCGACCAGGUCGAAUUCCUCGUCCACAACGAACUUUCCGAAGCGACAACCAUCCAUUUCCACGGUAUCGUGCAACAGGACACUGCCUGGUCCGAUGGUGUCCCAGGUCUUACCCAGUCGCCCAUUGAGCCUGGCGAGUCAUUCCUGUACAAAUGGACUGCCGACGCCUCAGGUGUUUACUUCUACCACGCUCAUUUCCGCGGCCAGAUCCAGGAUGGUCUCUAUGGUGCCAUCGUCAUUGACCCUGCGGAUGACGCCGAGAAGCCUUUCCACUUGAUUUCCAACGACUCUGCCGUGGUCAAGCAAGCCGAAGAAGCCGACUUGAACAUCGUGCCCGUUUUCGUUUCUGAUUACAACAGACACACCUCCAAGGAGUUCUACGAGUACCAGACCUUGGCCAACGUCGAUAUCGCUUGUGCCGAUGCCAUCAUUGUCAACGGCAAGGGUUCGCAAUACUGCUUGUCGCGUGAGGAAAUCACCGCCUACACCAACCCCAAGGUUGCCAACUUGUUGGCCGCUGUUGACCCACCUCAGCUGACCGACAAGGGCUGCCUCCCUGGUAACUUGCCCGCCACUCAAGGAAACUUCACCUUCAACCUAGCUGCGAUCCCCGAUGAUGUCUACUCCACGUGUGUGGGAUCUGAGGGUGCCUUGGAAAUCAUUGAGGUCGAUCCCGCCAAGGGCUUCGCUGCUUUGACCUUCAUCAACCCCGGUGGCUACGAAAUCCUCAAGUUCACCAUCGAUGCUCACAAAUUCUGGGUCUACGGCGCUGACGGUGGAUACGUUACUCCUCAAUUGGUCGACCAAGUCGUUGUCAACAACGGUGACCGAUACUCGAUCCUGGUUCCCCUGGACCAAAACCCCGCCGACUACUCGAUCCGUGUUGCCAACAACGGUCUCAACCAGGUCAUUAGUGGCUUCGCCGUCAUGAGCUACAAGGGAUCGUUCGGAGCUGCCAGCGAAGACCCCAAUGCUUUGGCCAAGAUCAACUUUGCCGGUACCAACUUGACCCAAUUGGUUUCCUUCAAUGACAACAAGGCCGCUCCUUACCCACCAUCCGUUCCUGCCCCAAGCGCCGAUGUCACCUACAUCUUCAAUAUCAAGAAGCUCGGCCAACCAUUCGCUGCCUACGACUGGACUCUCAGCGGCGUCAACGCCUUCAACGCCAGCUUGGAGGAGGUUGAGCCUUUGAUCUACCAAGACCCCAGCGACAUCCCCACCACCGAUCUACACAUCAAGACCACCAUGGGACAAUGGGUUGAUCUGAUUGUCAGAACUCAAGGCCCUCUCGCUCAACCCCAUCCUAUGCACAAGCACUCCAACAAGGCUUACGUUCUCGGAAAGGGAACAGGCCCAUGGAACUGGACCUCCGUUGCUGAGGCUGCUGAGGUUCUCCCCGCUGGCACCUUCAACUUUGUCAACCCUCCUUACCGUGACAGUUACACCACCACUCCCGCCGAGCAAAACAGCACCUGGAUGGCACUUCGAUACGAAGUCGUCAACCCCGGCCCAUUCUUGUUCCAUUGCCAUAUGCAAACCCACAUGAGCGGUGGUAUGGCACUUGCCUUCUUGGACGGAGUUGAUCAAUGGCCAGAACUGCCCGAGGAGUAUGCCAACGGCGGCAACGGCAUUGGAAACUCAUCGACGCCCAUGAAAUUGAAGAAGAAGAAGAGGACGCACCCUGUUUCAUAAGUUGACGAAAUGUCUCCGCAUGCACGCAUACAAAUCAUCUAUCACACAUCUUUUCUGCUGGAUGUUUUUGUUACAUAUGGGCAGGGAAUUGAUACCAAAAAACUUUCUGGUUUGGGGAAAACAGAAAGUCGAUUUUGUCCUUUGAUGCAUUAUUGAGCCCUCUAUCUGGGUCUGAGUGCGUGUGCAUAUAUAUUAACGACGGCGUUGGGAUCUUGUUCCCUCAUAUCUAUUAUAAUUAUUCCCUUGGAUGCUCUCCCAUUCAUUCAAUUCUCUCCCAACUCCGUCAAACCAAGGCGGUUCCCCUCUCCUCUUUUUCCUUUUCGUGUUGGGAGAAGAGGGUGGCCUGACUUUUCACUCGCCCAUCUCGCCAGUUUCUGCGAAUAUAUGCCUCAUGUAAUCAUGGAUGACCCGGGCAGAUGUGUGGAUAUAUGGAUGAGCCCGUGACGAGAUUCAAUAAUAAUCUACCCUUUGCAUCAUUCGAACUAGAAUCACGAGAAAGAUCCUAACACACCUGCCGCAGUUCUCGAGUUUUUGUGCCAUUUGCCAAUGCGACCUAUGUCACCGACCUAUUUGGAUUGUGGAGGGUCUUGACUAGA